UUUCCUACAACUGAAGAAGAAUGGAAAGACAUUGCACGAUUAUUCGAGGGGCGUUGGAACUUUCCAAACUGUAUUGGUGCGCUCGACGGAAAGCACAUAAAUAUUGUUCCACCAGCUGGAAGUGGAUCCGAAUUUUUCAAUUACAAAGGCCACCAUAGUAUGGUUCUCUUAGGAUUAGUAAAUGCAAAUUAUCAAUUUCUAUUGACAGAUUUUGGAACAAAUGGCAGACGACAUUCUGAUGGGGGCGUUCUUCAGAAUACAACGUUUUACGAAAAACUACUAAAUGAAGAAUUAAACAUUCCUUUCGCAGACAACAUUGAGGGAAGUUCCAAGCAAUUACCAUAUGUUUUUGUUUGCGAUGAUGCCUUUCCGUUACGAACUGAUAUGCUUAAACCGUAUCGACAAUCACAUUUGGAUUGUUAUGAAAAAAAAAUAUUUAAUUACAGGUUAAGUCGCGCACGACGAAUCGUGGAAAAUGCGUUCGGAAUAUUGGCAAAUCGAUUUCGUAUAUUCCAUACUCAAAUUAAUAUUGAAUCAAAAAAAAUCGAAAAAAUUGUAAUGGCAUCAUGUGCAUUACAUAACUUUCUCAUUGUAAAUUCUCCUACUUCAUACGCGCAUCAAAAACGUUUUUACCAAGAAGACAUAGCAAACGGAAGUAUAACUACGCUUGGAUACAAUGUUGAAAAUAGUAAUAUGCACAGUUUAGAUCGUCGUAACUCGGGGAAUAUUGCAAAUAGGGCAAAACAAGUACGAGAAGAUUUUAUGAAUUAUUUCUGUAAUGAAGGCACCGUGCCAUGA